GAAGCGUCCGGGAUCGCGGCGCGGCUCCUCGGCGGCGGGGCUCCGGGCCGCGCCACCAUGCGGGUCACCGGGAAGACGUUCCGCCGGCGCCGGGCCGACACCGAGUCGGAGGAAGAUGAGCAGGAUUCCGAGGAGGUUCGGCUAAAACUGGAAGAGACCCGAGAGGUGCAGAACUUGAGAAAGAGGCCCAACGGGGUGAGUGCUGCUGCCCUGCUGGUGGGAGAGAAGGUACAAGAAGAAACCACACUAGUGGAUGAUCCCUUUCAGAUGAAGACAGGUGGUAUGGUGGACAUGAAGAAGCUGAAGGAAAGGGGAAAAGAUAAGAUCAGUGAAGAGGAGGACCUUCAUCUGGGGACAUCAUUUUCUGCAGAAACCAACCGGAGGGACGAGGAUGCAGACAUGAUGAAGUACAUUGAGACAGAGCUAAAGAAGAGGAAAGGGAUUGUGGAACACGAGGAACAGAAAGUCAAGCCAAAGAAUGCAGAGGACUGUCUGUAUGAACUUCCCGAAAACAUCCGCGUCUCCUCUGCAAAGAAGACCGAAGAGAUGCUUUCCAACCAGAUGCUGAGUGGCAUCCCCGAGGUGGACCUGGGCAUUGAUGCAAAAAUAAAAAAUAUCAUUUCCACGGAGGAUGCCAAGGCCCGCCUGUUGGCAGAGCAGCAGAACAAGAAGAAAGACAGCGAGACAUCAUUCGUGCCCACAAACAUGGCUGUGAAUUACGUGCAACACAACCGAUUUUAUCAUGAGGAGCUCAAUGCCCCCAUCCGGAGAAACAAAGAAGAGCCCAAAGCCCGGCCCUUGCGAGUAGGUGACACGGAGAAGCCAGAGCCUGAGCGGUCCCCUCCUAACCGCAAGCGUCCUGCUAAUGAGAAGGCCACUGAUGACUACCACUAUGAGAAGUUCAAGAAGAUGAACAGGCGGUACUGAGACGUCGAGGGGGCAUGACAGACUCGCUGCUGCAGAAGGCCUGGGUGGGCCGCUCCUUGGCCAGCACAUUCAGUGUUGGGCAGACGCAGUGCAGCUGCUUCCUGCUGGCUUUUCAAGCACUAAAUUUGUGACCUUUUGAAACAAAACUGGGUAGUUUUCCUAUUUGUGGGCAAACUGUUCUUACGAGCAUCAUUAAAUCUUUUUUGUAAAUGUGUUGACUUACCAUUGUUCUUGCAGGAGGCAAUAGCUGUGUGCUCCUGGUGGGAUGAUGUCCUUCAGAUUGUGCUUUUCUGAUCAUAUGUGAGCAUGUUGUCUGCUUCUGUGUAUUGGAAUGGGGUUCAAGUCUGCAUCCUACUUUGCUUGGAGUGGGUCCAGCAGACAGCUGGAAAAUUAUGGAAUAGGAUCAGAGAUGGGUAUUUUCUGACUUGUACAAAGUUACCUGUAUCUCUUUAUUAAAAAAGAAAACUUGAGCCAAGCACAGUGGUGCACAUCUGUAAUCCUAGUGGCUCAGGAGGCUGAGGCAGGAGGAUUGCAGGUUUGAGGCCAGCCUGGGCAACUUAGACCCUGUU